AUGUGCUCAAAACCGGAAAACGAGUCUCAGCAGCUACCAGUGUUGACGCAGGGAAGCACCACAGCUCUUCUUUAUGCAACUAUUUUUGGAAAUGUCACCACCAUUUUCCAGCAAAUGUAUGCCAACACCAACCGAUACCAUGAGAUGCUGAACAAUGUGAGGGAUUUCCUAAAAUUAUAUCAAGUCCCAAAAGGCCUUAGUGAAAGAGUCAUGGAUUAUAUUGUCUCAACCUGGUCCAUGUCUAAAGGAAUUGACACAGAGAAGGUUCUCUCAAUCUGCCCAAAGGACAUGAGAGCAGAUAUAUGCGUGCACCUAAACCGGAAAGUUUUUAACGAGCAUCCUGCCUUCCGGCUGGCUAGUGAUGGCUGUCUGCGAGCCCUGGCUGUGGAGUUUCAGACGAUCCAUUGCGCCCCAGGGGACCUCAUCUAUCAUGCUGGGGAAAGUGUUGAUGCUCUUUGCUUUGUGGUCUCAGGAUCCCUAGAAGUCAUCCAGGACGACGAGGUGGUGGCUAUUUUAGGUAAAGGCGAUGUGUUUGGUGAUAUCUUCUGGAAAGAAACCAGUCUGGCCCAUGCGUGUGCCAAUGUACGGGCUCUGACAUACUGCGAUUUACAUAUUAUUAAACGAGAAGCCUUGCUUAAAGUGUUGGACUUUUAUACUGCUUUUGCAAACUCAUUCUCAAGGAAUCUCACACUCACCUGCAAUUUGAGGAAACGGAUCAUCUUCCGGAAGAUCAGUGAUGUCAAGAAGGAAGAAGAGGAGCGUCUGCGCCAGAAGAACGAGGUGACACUGAGCAUCCCUGUGGAUCAUCCUGUACGGAAACUCUUCCAGAAAUUCAAACAGCAAAAGGAGAUGCGUAAUCAAGGCUCAACCCACAUUGACCCGGAAAGGAACCAGCUUCAGGUGGAAAGCCGGAGUGUGCAGAACGGGGCCUCCAUCACAGGUGCCAAUGUGGUUACUGUGUCUCAGAUCACCCCCAUCCAGACGUCCCUGGCUUACGUGAAAACCAGUGAGGCCGUGAAGCAGAACAACAGGGAUGCGAUGGAGCUCAAACCAAAUGGAAAUGGAGACCAAAAAUGUCUCAAAGUAAACAGUCCCAUGCGGAUGAAAAAUGGGAAUGGGAAGGGGUGGCUUCGGCUGAAGAACACAAUGGGGACCCAUGAGGAGAAGAAGGAGGACUGGAACAAUGUCACGAAGGCUGAGUCCAUGGGGUUGCUGUCUGAGGACCCCAAGUCCACUGACUCAGAGAAUGGUGUAAAUAAAAACCCAUUGAGGAAAACAGACUCUUGUGACAGUGGAAUAACAAAAAGUGACCUUCGUUUGGAUAAAGCUGGUGAGACUCGCAGCCCCCUGGAGCAUAGCCCCAUCCAGGCUGAUGCUAGGUAUCCUUUCUACCCUAUUCCUGAGCAGGCCUUACAAACCACAUUGCAGGAAGUCAAGCAUGAACUCAAAGAAGAUAUCCAGCUGCUAAGCAGUAGGAUGACUGCCCUUGAGAAGCAGGUGGCAGAGAUUUUAAAAAUAUUGUCUGAAAAGAACGUACCCCAGAUCUCUUCCCCCACGUCUCAUUUAUCACCCCAGCACCCCCCCCAGAUACCCCGUCAGGAUAUUUUUAGUGUUUCAAGGCCUGCCUCACCUGAAUCAGAAAAAGAUGAAAUCCACUUUUAG